GUCGUUUCCGGGAUCCCCCUUUUAACUUUAUCUAUCACGUGACUUUCAUCAUCACGUGAUAAAAAGUUAGGCAUAUUUUGUUCAAAAUGGCGGCGGAAAGUCACCGAAACAAAUCCGUGGCUGAAUUGAAGGCAUUUUUGUCAGAUAGAGGCAUCAAUACAUCACUUUAUCGCAAAGAUGCAUUAAUACGUAUUGCAGAAGCUGCAUCUGCGUUAAAUCUAGAGCCUGAGACGGAGAAUUACGGGAAUUAUCAGACUGAGAGAGCAAAUCGAAGAAGUGUGAUAGUCCAAGGAACUUCUGUGACUUUACCUGAUAUCUGUUCCGUAUCAGACUGGCAGCAAGAUUUGUCAUUACUUCCAAAUAUUGAAACAGGGGACAUCAUGGUUUACCUAAUGACAAAGUGCUCGUGGACCGAAUCGCGGCUUAAGGCAUACAAAAAUGACAAUGGCUACAAACUUUUUCAACAUAGACACAUUGACAAUGUUGUUGUCAAAUUCUUAUCGUACAACCAUUUCUAUAUAAAAUGUACAUGUGUUCCAGAAACUAGACAGUCAGAAAAGCCAUACACAACAUGGAUUCUUAUGGAUAAUGAUGGCACUGUAAAAUCUGGGGGUUGUACUUGUGUUGCUGAUGACGGAACAUGCAAACACUGCGUGGCUUUGUUAUUUUCUCUUCAGUCCUUUUCUGAGAGACACAAGGAUAGGGGAGAGGAAACCUGCACAGACAAACCAUGCAAGUGGGACAAACCAAGGAUAACUUCACACCCAGUCACUGUUGAGGAGAUAUCGUUUCGUAGGAAUUCAAGUCAUCCAGAUAAAAAAGACAAUUACAACCCGGUUUCAAAUCAAAGGCAUAUAUCACACAGGGAGAUCACAAAGAUAUUGUACAAAACAUGUAAACAUUAUGGUUCUGUGUUUAUGCACACUGUAGAUCCACCUUCGGACGAUAGUAGUGAUGAAGAAGAUUCAUUAGAAAUCAAGGAACUCAGUGAUAUAAUAAGUGAUUACAAACAACAAAAUCCAAUCGGAAAUGAAAAUGAGUUGAUUGAUUAUCUCAGAAAAAUUCAUUCAAAAGAUGUAAUUAAUCAAAUAGAAAAUUUGACUAAGGAUCAAACAGAUAAUGCUAUGUGGUACAAAUACAGGAAAGGUCGAAUUACAGCUUCGGUGAUGGGUUCUGUUUACAAAUGCAGAAUUGAAAAUCUUGCAACAGAAAACUAUAUUGUGAAAAAAAUUUUUGGCAGAUCUUCUUUUUCUUCUGCAGCUACAGAAUAUGGGAAAGCAAUGGAAAGUGUAGCUCUUCAACAAUACUUCUUUCAAUACUCUAAAGAUCAUUCAAAAGCCCAAAUUAUGAAAUCUGGUUUAGUAAUUAGUGAAAAUUAUCCUUUUAUAGGUGCAUCCCCAGACAAUUUAAUUUCUUGCCAGUGUUGUGGUAAUGGCAUUGUGGAAAUUAAGUGCUCAUACACCCAUCAGCAUAACUUUAUCAAGGACAUUGCUGCAAGUAAUGACUAUCACAUACUUUUACACGAGGAUAAUAUUGUAUUGAAUAGAUCAUCCUCAUGGUACACUCAAAUUCAGACUCAACUUUUCUGCACUGGGCUUCAGUGGUGUGAUUUUGUAUUAUAUACCCGAAAAGACAUGGCAAUUGAAAGAAUUGUAUUUGAUCCAGAAUACUUUGAUUGUUGUUUAAAAAAAGCUUGUAUCUUUUUCCACAAAUUCUUGACAUAAGUUGUAUAAAUAAAAUACUGAGUGAUUGA